GGUCGGUGACGCAGUAAGUGAGCGCCCACAGGUCGGCUCGGCGGCGCUGGAGGCAGUGUGCUGCCGUGGUUGCCGCGAGCAGGCCGGACUUCUCCUAGCUGCGGGCUCUUACCCCCGCGGUGGCGGCGGCGGGGCCGCAGUCCCGGCUCUCGCGGCGCCUAGGUCAGCGGCGGAGUGGGUGCCACGAGCGAGGGACUCAGGUGUACACACAGGGACAAGUCGUGUGGAAGCUGAGUGAGAAGGUCACUGGAAAUUCAUGCUGUAGCUCACCCCUGCUCGCAGCUAUACAGUGUGCCUGGCCAUCCUGGUGGAUUUGCUCCAGGAAGUGAAGUUUUGCUUAUUUGCCAAGCUACAUCCAGAUCUCAUUAUGCAUCAGAAAAAUGAAAAAACAGAGGAAAAGUCUACGGAGGAAAGGAAUUCACUUCGCCUUUUCUGAGAAAUGGAAUACAGGGUUUGUAGGCUUUAAGAAAUUCUAUUUUCACCAACACUUGGGCAUUCUGAAAGCUAAGUUAGGAAGGCUAGUUACUUGGAACAGACAGUUGGGGUAUUUCCAGUGUAGAAAAAAGGCUCUUGCAAUCCAGAAAACAUGGAUCCAAGAUGAAGGCCUGUGUGCUAAGACUAAGUCCAGUGUGGCAACUCCAAAUGCUAGCUCUGUGUCCUCUAAAGUGGAAAGAAACAACACUCAGCACUUCAUUUCUUCCUCAAGGGGCCUCCUGAGACUCCAUACAGAGAAGUCACUGUCCUCGACGAAGAACUCAGACCAUGAGUCCUGUGGAGAGAAGACUCUCUUGAAGGCAGUUGCUGGCUUGCCAGCAAAUAGUGUUUUAGGUCAGGCCAGCGGUCGCAGACUGAGGAGAGCACCUCAUGACUUUCCCAUGACGUUCAGUGGGGAGAGCCAGAGUCCAGGAGAGAGUGGCAAGAUUGUGGUCACUUUGAGCAACCAUAAAAGAAAACGCUUUUGUUAUGGUUGCUACCAAGGGCUAGAGUGCCGCAGGAAUGGAGGACUCCUGAUUCCAAGAAAAGUCCAACUUAACCAACAUCGAAGAAUAAAAGUGUCUCCUCUUAUGAUGUAUGAGAAGUUAUCCAUGAUAAGAUUUCAGUAUAGGAUUCUCAGAUCCCAGCACUUCAGAACAAAAAGCAAAAUCUGUAAGCUAAGAAAAGCCCAGCGAAGCUGGGUACAGAAAGUCACUGGAGACCAUCAAGAGACCCUUAGGGAUAACGUGGAAGGCGGCAGUUGCAACCCAUUCCCUUCCCCAGCACCUAGAGAUUCCUCUUCCCGGCGUCAGCCGCUCAUUCCAGAUAUGGACAGUGAUGUGCUGGCAAAGGGAAAGAACUCUCCCAUGCCCGAUGGCUGUGCUAAAGGGAGCCUUCGUGUGGGCAAGGGGCCUCGUGUAGAUGGCACAUUCCCUGACCAGCAGAAUGGCGGUGCCACCGACGCCUGGGACCAGACACCUUGUUCCCCUCAGUGGGAGUGCGCAGAGCUGACUGCUGAGUGCCCCUUGUCAGAACAUCAAAGUAACAUGUUCCCCUCAGAAACUGAGACAGAUGCUAUGCCUCUGAGUCGGAAGAAUGGCACAGGUGCCGUGGGUGAUGGCAAGGUAGAGCUGCCUGCGCCUGGAGCCAAGGAAGCCGGGAGUGGCAUGGAUGGGCCUGUUGCCCGUCAGACUGUGGAGCCUGAGAACUGCGAGAUGGAGGAGGAGGGGGCGCUCAAGCAGAACAUCCUCAGCUCCAAGCUGCUGGACCACCCGUACUGUAAGAGUCCACUUGAAGCGCCUCGGGAGUGCAGUGAGCCCAAGCUAGAGAGUCCCUUGCGAGGUGGCAAGAACAGUCAGAAGGUGGUGCCCGUGGAUGAUGAGCAGCUGUCCAUCUGCCUUUCUGGAUUCUUAGAUGAAGUUAUGAAAAAGUAUGGCAGUUUGGUCCCACUCAGUGAAAAAGAUGUCCUUGCAAGAUUAAAAGAUGUCUUUAAUGAAGACUUUUCUAAUAGAAAACCAUUUAUUAAUAGGGAAAUAACAAACUAUCGGGCCAGACAUCAAAAAUGCAACUUCCGCAUCUUCUACAAUAAGCACAUGCUGGAUAUGGAUGAUCUGGCCACGCUGGAUGGUCAGAACUGGCUGAAUGACCAGGUCAUUAAUAUGUAUGGCGAGCUGAUAAUGGAUGCAGUCCCAGAUAAAGUUCACUUCUUCAACAGCUUUUUUCAUAGACAGCUGGUAACCAAAGGAUAUAAUGGAGUUAAGAGAUGGACUAAAAAGGUGGAUUUGUUUAAAAAGAGUCUUCUGUUGAUUCCUAUUCACUUGGAAGUCCACUGGUCUCUCAUUACAGUGACACUCUCUAAUCGAAUUAUUUCAUUUUAUGAUUCACAAGGCAUUCAUUUUAAGUUUUGUGUAGAGAAUAUAAGAAAGUAUUUGCUGACUGAAGCCAGAGAAAAAAACAGACCUGAAUUUCUGCAGGGUUGGCAGACUGCUGUUACGAAGUGUAUCCCACAACAGAAAAAUGACAGUGACUGUGGAGUCUUCGUGCUCCAGUACUGCAAGUGCCUCGCCUUGGAGCAGCCUUUCCAGUUUUCGCAGGAAGACAUGCCGCGCGUGCGCAAGCGGAUCUACAAGGAGCUGUGUGAGUGCCGGCUCCUGGACUGAACCCGGCGAGGACUCGCAAAGUCUGACCAAGUUGGAGCAGAUGGUUUAUUACUUGAAUCUCCACUUAUUUGGAUUUUUACAGAUACUUCAAAUCAGUGGUAUUGGGCCACUACUGUUACCUCAAAUUUAUUUUUGCCCUUACUCAUUUCCCCAGCUACCAUGUACUUUUUUAACGUUCAUUUUGGUUUCAUUUUUAAUUUUGUGGAUUCCAUGUGUCCCUCCCAUAUUUAAUAUUUAUUAUCCAAACGCAUGCAUAUAGACAGAGCAUGCAGUGAAGAGUAUUAAAAAAAAGCCUAGUAGAUUUGGUGCAACUUUUGAAACUUAGAUGUGAACUGAAUACAGGUUUAAAUUUUAAUUCCAGAACCUGAAGAUGCAAGAUGUUUUUGAUACAGCAUAACUCAGAGUAGUAGGUGCUUCUUGGGGCAAAAGGGGUAUCGAGGAGUGGUCCUGAUGGAGCCAGUCCUGUUUACUUUGCCAGCCACACCUCUGGCUGACUUCCCCUGGGGCAGCCGUCCAUGAAGAGGCUCCUGACAUUGCAGCGCCUGCUUGGGGAGAGUCAGGGUCUGAGCAGAAAGCAGCGUCCUGGGUGCCAGUUAUCUUAACAAAUGAGAUUUUAGUCUUGGUCUUGGGAAUUACAGUCCAUACCCUAAAGCUCAUCAAGGCCUUUGCUGGGACAUUGAAGUCCCUGGAUUUUUGUUUUUGACUAGUGAAAAAAUUUAGCAACCACCAAACUAAUGGUCAAAUGAGAAUUCAACCUUUCUGGAAGUAAUCUGCAAGUUGUCACUUCCCUUAUGUGGCCUUCCAUGUGGAAGAAAUUAAAAUUUACCAACUACAUUUCUGUCUGAAAUACAUUGAAAACAGUAGGCUAACCAGGUCUUUUGCAGGUGGGCAGAGAGAAAGGGAGGUAAUAGACAGUUUGGUUCCCUGGGAGAUAUCUUAGAAAUGUCUCUCUCCUGUCUUUAGUGACCUCAGCAAUGUGCAAGGCUUGUGUGGCUUCUGCCCACCCAGUCCUAACUUUGCUUUUUCCUUUCUAAUGAAAUUCGUCUUCUGGGACAGGCCCUAAAGUGGCCUGUCCCUAUACUUAGCUGGAUUAGGAUGAAAGCAAUGGAUCUUCCAUCUGUAAUCUGGAAAGGAAAGGAAAUAUGGAAAGAUUCAUAGUAAAUUUACCCAAUUAUCUUUUCUGAUCUGGGGAAGUAAAAUGUAUAUGUAAGAAACUGAGAGGCUUAUACAGAAAAAACCAAGCAAAUGGCAGACGACACUUAAACUUAUUGCUGGGUAGGUUUGGAGUGCUGAAAAAACAAAAAGUGUAACUUGGCCACAGGUCUGGCUGAGACAGGGCUGCCUGCUCCCAGCUGAGGGUUGAGUCUGACUGGUGGGUUUUAUGUGCAGGGCUUCCAAUACCAGCCAAGCCCUUCCACUUCUGAGUCCUCUAGACUCAAACUCCUCAGCAGAAGGCCAGGCCAAUAUUUCUUAUUGUGCGUCAGGUCCUUAAAAACCUGGGAGCAGAGGCAUUUUAUGCUGCUACAGGUAAGGCUGUGUUACUGUUAGGAAAGAGGACAAGUCAGAAUGGGGAAGAUGUCUUCUUAAAAGUUUUCAGACAUAAUUAUGCAAGUAUGAUUGUUCAAAAUUUAUAUGCAAGACAUUUGGCUUUUCUUUGAGUACCUGUAUCAAAGUAGCCAGUAUUGAGGCUAUUGAUUCAAAAUGUCUUUUCCUUCAGAGUGAGAAAGUUAUGUACCACUUCCCAGACUUGUCAUGCAGGGGAGUCAGGAAGGAUUGUUUCUGGAAGAAUCUUUUUUUUUGGUGGUGGUGGUGGGCAUUGAACCCAGGGCUCCCAAGAGCCUGACAGAUGCUAUACCAUUGAGCCACGUCUCCCACCCUCCUGAAAAAACCCUAAUGCCUAGAGCUUGGGCUGCCACCUUUUAACCUGAGAACUGGGCCUCACCCAGCACUGAGGCACAGGGACAAGCUUAGAGACCUCCCAUGAGCUCUCCAAGUCCAGCUACUCAUGUCUAGCAUAAUGGGGUACCUUGGGGUGUGCUGCCCAGUGUGGUUAGCCUAAAUGGUGGCUAUUCUGUUUUCUUAAAUAAAAUGUUUCUGUUGUUCAUGAAACAUUCAUGGUUUCGGCACACGGAGUUGCUAUUCCCUCUCUCCUUGUGAUUAGGUAUAAACCUUUGUUUAGCUGAAGUCCUAGAUUAGAAAGUCUCUUCAGGAUGUUUGCAGCAAUUGCUUCCUUGUAACAAAGGCAUUUUUGAAAUAUACUCUGGGCGGUUGGUGAGAGAAGUGAAGCACUGCUUUUCUGUCAGCAGCCUGGCCCUGAAUGAACUGUAGGUGCACCCAAGGGAAGCAGACUGUGCCAGUGGGGUCAAGCAGGCCACGCACAGAUGCAGAGCCAUUUGUGAUGAGCUUUCAACAAGCUGCCCAGGCCUCUCCCUUGACAGCCCUAGCAGGCUGUCACUGCUGCUUUCCAGUGGGCUUUCCUUUUGUUAAAUCGAUAGUAAUGAAUGUAGAUUAAUUCAUCGUUUAGUUUUCUCAAUCAUAGAGAAUCAACUUUCAGUUAGCCUCUUUAAGGAAGGGAAAAGAACAAGCUGCUGCCAUAAUCCCAUCACAUUUUCAGCUUGGCAUUACAUUUUCUACUUACCAUUGAGUAGGAGUAGCCUGGUCAUUUUGAAUUUGUAGUUGGAACAAAAUAACACCUAACUGGGACACAGCCAGCACUUGCCUAAUCUGAGAUGCCUUUCUUCUGUACAGUUGUUUCACUGCUUCCCUGGAUUAGGAGUGAUUGAGGCGUCUGGGUGGGUCAUGACCCUUUAGGCAAGAAACAAUGAAUUAAUAGUAUGAAUGACAAAAACCAGUUACCUGCCCCGUGUAGUCAUGUGAAAAACCACAAUACUCAGCUGUCGUGAAGCACAUAUCUCAUUAUGUGCUAGGUACUGCUUCCUGGCCUGUAGAGGAAAUACCAUUGAGAAGUGCUAAUUGUAUUUGGGUGUUACAAAAACAGACCUAGACAAGUUGUUCACUUAAAUGGGACUUGUUGGUCAGAAAAAGAAUUUAUUUAAAAAUUAUGAUCAUGUAAAGUUACAGUGCUCAACCCUUCUAGCAAAGUAUUUUUUUGAAGAAUAAACUAAAUGCCUUUAUAAA